CAACAGCUCCAUUUCCUCUCUACGCCCUCACUCUCUCUCUCUCUCUCUCUUUCUCUCUCUACAAAUUUCAAACCUAAAAAAAAAAAAAGGAAAAAAGGUCUUAGGGUUUGAGCUAAGUUCGCGCUCGAAUUGAUGAGGAGCAGCUGGAUGUCUGGGGUGGGAGUUAGCACAUCUGCGUUGAUGAGUUUGAGCUGAAUCGGACGGUGGUGGUUUCGGCGUGGGUCGUGGAGGGGAGGUAUCUGGGUCUACACAGCAGUGUUAGUCUUCUCAUUCUCUCAUGGAGAAGAGUAACACGGCUAUGGGAAAUGGAAAUCAUCAGAUAAGUGAAUACGAUAAUACGGUUUCCAGACCUUCAGGAUCACUUGUAAAGAUUGAUUCGAUUACAAUAGACCUUGGUCAUAUUGCCAUGCAGAAGAUUGAGGAGGGAAACUGUCAUCAGCACUCAUUUUCAAUCCGUGGAUAUGUUGCUGGGAUGAGAGAAAAGGACAAGAAGAUCUGCUCACCCUUUACAAAAUCCAGCGACAAUAGUGAUCCAGAGGAGGAACUUCCUCCUCUAGUGGUUCGCAAGUUUAGGUGGUGGCGCUGUGAAAACUGUGUACAGGAUCUUCUCAGUGAAAAUGCAGGAAAGGAUAAUGGAAUUGCUUCUAACAGUUGCAGAAGUACUCCAUUUAUUUGUAAUCCAUGCAUCCCAACACCUUCUAAGGGUAACACAGAAAAGCUGCCAUUGGAGAUGGAGCAUGCUCCAACUUCAGGGAAAAAUGAAAGAAAUACAGCUGUCAAAGAUGCAUCUGCUGCUUUGUGUGUCAAAAGAUCUCUGUCAUUAUCCAGACAUACUAGUGAAACAAAGUCUGGAAUUGAAGGCACAAAUGCACAUGAUGAUAGAAGUGAAUAUAUUGUCCAAGAAAGAGAAAAUCAUUCUGAUGGUGAUGGUCAGAGGAUUGCUUCAACAACUCAUGAGACAGCAAAACUGUAUACUAACACAAGUGAAGCUCUUGAUAAUAGUGUGGAAGAAGCUAGAAGACUGCCUUCAAUCAAACUGAGAGAUGACGGAGAGGGAUCAUCUGAAAGUGAUGGUGAAACUGGAAAGGCUCGAUUUCGUUUGCUGACUGAUUUGUUAAGUGGACAAGUCAACCUGGAAAAUUCUUGCACCAACUCUGCACAGGCUUCUCUUGACCAAAUGCCUAUUGCAUAUUCUGAUGGAGGGUCAGCUGAUCUGGAGAAAGGUAUCAAGAGUCCUCAUAGGAAGAGGAAGACACCUCAAGAGCUUGAGUGCAAAGUUUCGGAGGCAGGUUCUAGAAUUAACACUCUGAAGAAUGCCAGGGCAUCUAAGGAAGUUACUGAGAAAAGUCCCAUAGCAAUUGAUAUUCCUGAUUCACAAUCAGAGCAGGAUGGAUCUGCUGAAGGAGGCUCACAUGCCAGGAUCAAAAUUCGACAAAAUAAACGCAAAAUUGAUAGAGAAACUGGAACAAAGAAAAAGAAAAGUAAACAGGCUCACGUAGAUGAUGGCUGUUCUUCGAUAAUCCCUUGGCCAACGACACCCUCAGGAUCUGGUGAUUUGAAGAAAUAUGGCACUGCGACAAAUGCUGGUAUCAUCCAAUCCUCACAUUGUGCAUCAAGUGAAGGGAACGUGCAGCAUUAUUUGAAAAAUUGCCGGUUGUUGAUGGAAACCAGGAAGAGCUCUUGUGCAUCUUCAAAUAAUAACAAAUUUCCUGAAAUUGGAUAUUAUCCAUCUUCUGUUGUGUAUCCUGGCAAUCACUUGUUGGGAGAAAGUUCAAUCAAAAGGAAGAAUGUAGAAUCAUGGACAACUCAUUCAGAAGUGGGGAACUUUAGAAUGCCACAUGAUGCAUCUGCUAAAGUUGGGUUAGAUUUGUCCUUGAACAGCUUUAGGGAUCCUAAGGCCAGGGGUAUAGAGAUUGAUUUUAACCAAAGUGUCAAUCUGCAGAAGGGAGAUAAAAUUAGUGAUCCUAGGAGGAAGGGAUUAAUAAGAGAACAAAAUGCAGUUAAAGCAGACCAGUCUUUAAAGGGAGUAUUGUGUGACCUCAAUGCUCAAACUACUAUAACAUUCCAAGGGAAGCAAAAUUUUUCAACCCUCGUUGAAGAAAGGAGUCUUCCUCUGCAUAAGAAAAUGGAUUUUUCCAUUCAGAAGAAUGAAGCAAAAGAAUUUCGCGGGAGUGCAGAAGCAAAUAAGCAUAAAAAAAGUCAAAGACGUGACGAGGAAUCUGAGCAAGGACCACCAGAUGACAUACCAAUGGAAAUAGUGGAACUAAUGGCUCAAAACCAGUAUGAAAGGGGUCUUGGUGAAAAACCAAAAUCACUGGCUCAGGCAAACAGCAAUGCUGCUAAAGGGUAUUCUGAUGGAUAUGGAAAUAAAUCAAUGGCAUGGCAAUCACCUGGCUUGAAUUAUUUUCAACAUGAUCAUGCCAGAAGAGACUUAACUGUGGCCAGUAAAGUUGUGGGAGGCAAUGGAGGAAGAUUCACCAGCUCAAAGUUGAACAGAGGUCAUUUCGAAGUGAACCAGAUGGAAGAAAACCAACUUCAAAUGUCUGGUGUAUUUCCACUAAACCUGAAAAAACUAUCAAAUGGAGGGCAAUCAUCUGCCUGUGGCUCUGUCAGAAAUGGGUUUCGGCUCAGUGAGCAAGCAAACCCCUUGUGGGCAGCCCCAGCAACCACCCAUUUUGGACGUGGAACUAUUCAAAAGUCUACUUCUCAGUCAAAAAAUAAGGAAAUUGAUGCCCAAGUCCAAACCUUAUUACAUCAUAAAGGGAAGACCAUCAGUGACAUAAAGGCCAAUGAGCUGAAAAAGCAAAGUGAAUCUCAUCCAUUUUUAUCCAAACCACGGGAAGGCGAAGCCUCUCAUAAAAAUAUGGUGUCUUUGGAGUCUUAUGCAAAUGAGGCUAUACCAGCAAUGCAAUUGCUCAGUCUCAUGGAUAAGAAGGUGCCAUCCAAUAGGGGUUUCAAUCUGGAUACCAACAAGAUCGUUGAGAAACCUUUCAUGCCAUGUGACUAUCACCCUAAUUUUAGCAGGGAUGUGACUCAGAAUUUCUUUGAUAGAUCUUUGUUUCCACAUCAGCAUUCCAAGCAGUUCUCUGACCUUAGAUCUGGUGUAUCUAAUCCUGGUGAAAGCUCGGGGCAACCUCUGCCUUCUUUAUACAAUCAAAUAUCAUUCAAGUCUCAAGAACAAGAGAAGUCAAGAAGAUUGUAUGCACCCUCACUGCUUGGAGGAAGCAAAUUGCACAAUUCUGCAUCUUCAAGUGGGACUCCACAUAUGACUCAAGGUUCUUUUUCUGUUAGGGACAUGCAGGGAGGAUUUCUAUGCCUCCCAGGACCUACCUCUUUUCCGUUGCAGGAUCAUAUACUUGAACAUCGGCCUAAAAACUUUGAGUUGGGGAGAGGCAGCAUCCCUGUUACUGCUUGGCCCGUGAAAAGCACCGUUGAGAGUAACACCUGCAGUCUUAACCAAAACCCAGCAGAAUUCACCGACCCCGAAGCUUGGGACAUCUUUACCAUUAGUGGAAAAGACUUGAAAAUUGGCAAAAAGAAUUCAUCAAGAGAGAGAUCUUAUGCAGCAGCUAACAUGGAUGGGCGAAAGCGUCAGAGGAAUACAAAGGUGAGAACAGGAAAAGAGCCAGAAUAUGGUAACUUGUGAGUGUCUCCAACUACCUUUAAGUGCUGCUCAAAGCAUACCUCUUGCUUUAAACUGUAGCCAUCCCAGGUUUUGCCUGAGUGAAUGACUCAAACUUGCUACUUUAUUCUUGGAUAUUUUUGAUUUGUCGUAUCUUCACAGAGGUCAAGUUAUUCUAGCAUAGAUAAAGGUUCCGAACUUCAUGGGCAUAUAGACAGAUGGUUGAUUUGUAUUUUGGUUAACAAAAUUAGGACAGGACUUUAAGCUCCCUCCCCGGACCCCGACUACAGAUCUCAGUCUGGCAUGCAGUUAAAAGAUGGGUGCUCGGUGCACCUGGUGUGUUAAACUUGUGUUACAACUGUAAAACCUCUCUCGAGCUCCAGGUUCCAGACCUUGAAUAGAUAAUGUGCAGUUAAGGUUGUUCCUGGCACUCCCCCCACCGUACCGUGUGUUAAACUUGUGUUUCAAUAUUAGAACCUUGAGCCCCAGAUACCAGAUCUUGACCCUGCAUAUGGGCAAGACUUGUCUUUAGGCACUUAUUGUGUGGUAAUUUUAUGCUUUUUUACUCAAGGAUCAUAAUAAACUCAAAAAUGUAUAUAAUUUUAUAUGCUUUCCAUAUACUGGGGAAACGGUUGAAGCUAUUCAGACACACUUUGGAGUUGUACCCUUUGAUUUGAAUUUCUUCUUGUUUUGUGA